AUGAGGUACUCUGAGAAAAUAGAAUGCUAACUCCAUAAAGAUAAGUAAAAAAAGUAAAUAUUUAGAAUUUUCCUGUAAACAUUUUUUUCUCUGUGGAAGUUUUUAAAAAUGAUGUAUUAGUUUGAGAUUAGAUAAAUAAAAUAUUGAAAUUGCCAAAAAUAAGGUAUAAUUUAGAAACAUUAUUGAAAGAGUUUAAAUUUGA